AUGGCCUCUCAAGUAUCGGAUGAGAUCCUACCCUCUCCGGGGAGGACCUCCCUGAACAGCACGCCCAAUUCGGCAGGCCAGAUCCCAAUAGAGCCACGGCCGAAGCUCAAGGGUCGUCGGAAGUUACUGCAGAGUCUCCAACGCAUGUCUUCUAGCCCGACACUCACCCGCCGCGGACGCUCAUCAUCAACCAAUGGCUACCGCCGAGACCAUAAGGCCUCUCUCUCGUGUGUUUCGCUAUCGUCGCCUUCCUACUCACCCUGUCUGGGAAAUGGAAGUUCCUCUCAGCUCUAUGGCGGCCUCAAUCCCCGGCCAGCUGCCCCCGGCUGCCCUAGUUCUCUCGGCGAGCUUCAGGGAACCAACGCUCGCAUCCGUUUGAGGGACACUGAUGGACCUGGUUUCGCUACGCCUCGCACCGUGCCUUUACCCUUUGACGUGGGGCCAGCAUCGUAUGGAUCGCCACGGACAGCGACGCCAAUGGGAGUGAAGUUGGAGGAGGCCAUCCAUCCAGAAACCCAGCCGGCCAGAUCUCUUGAUUUCUGGCGCGAUAUGCCACAAGAGCUUAAGGUGCAGAUCUUUCAAUACCUCACCCCGCAAGAAAUUGUCUGCUGCUCUGCUGUGUCCAAGACGUGGAAUGAAAUGUGCUACGAUGGACAACUAUGGUCUAAGGUUGAUACGACUGAGUACUAUUCUAAGAUCCCGAGUGAUGUUUUGGUCAAGCUAAUCACUUCUGGUGGUCCGUUUGUUCGAGACCUCAAUCUCAGAGGCUGCGUUCAGAUGCAUGAGAAAUGGUCAUCGGAUGGAGAACGCAUAUCGGAUCUGUGUCGGAAUGUCGUGAAAUUCUCGCUUGAGGGUUGCCGUAUUGACAAGGCAUCCAUUUAUUCUUUCCUCCUUCGUAAUUCCCGUUUGCAAUACAUCAAUCUUUCUGGUCUAUCAAGUGUCACAAACUCGGCCAUGAAAAUUAUUGCACGGUCUUGUCCACAACUUGAGACAUUAAAUGUUUCUUGGUGCAGCAAUGUUGAUACCACAGGUCUUCUUCGGAUUGUCAAGUCCUGUGGGCGGUUGAAAGAUCUUCGGGCCAGCGAAAUCCGUGGAUUUAAAGAUGAGAAAUUCACAUUGGCCCUGUUCGAGCGCAACACAUUGGAUCGCUUGAUCAUGAGUCGUACUGACCUGACCGAUCAGAGCCUGAAGAUGCUAAUCCACGGCGAGAACCCUGUUAUGGAUAUCUUGGCCGAUCGGCCUAUCGUUCCACCUCGAAAAUUCCGUCAUUUGGAUUUACAUCAAUGCCCCGAAGUGAGCGAUCAUGGACUUAAAAGCCUGGCCCAUAACGUACCAGACUUGGAGGGCCUGCAGGUUUCUCAAUGCUCUGAUCUAACCGAUGUAUCCGUCAUGGACGUUAUUCGCACGACGCCACACCUGUCGCAUUUGGAACUGGAGGAUUUGGAUAAAUUGACAAACAGCACCUUGGUGCAGCUGGCUGAAUCUCCAUGUGCCCAACACUUGGAGCACUUAAAUAUUAGCUACUGCGAAAGUCUCAGCGACACGGGAAUGCUUCGAGUAAUGAAGAACUGUCCAAAACUACGAUCCGUCGAAAUGGACAACACCAGAGUGUCAGAUCUGACCCUGAUGGAAGCCAGCUUCCGUGUCCGCCGCCGUGGGUACAGCGACGAGCUCCCCCAAGUUGGACUGCGACUCAUGAUAUUCGACUGCAUCAAUGUCACUUGGGCAGGGGUCAGAGAAGUUCUCUCCAGCAACGCAUACAUUCCCCGCGCCUCCCGCAAACCCAUUUCAACAGUGGUGACCGUGACACAACCAUCAGACACCAGCUCCUCCCCAGCGACAAGUACCUUCGUCACUCCAGCCUCCUCCCUUUCGCCGUCGCCAGCGCCAACCUAUCCCAACGAAAUCAUCCAACUCAAAUGUUUCUACGGUUGGCAGAUGACUGUCGACGAACACACGAAACGUGUUCUGCGCGGCGAUCUCGCCGCUGCAUCCCGGCUGGACCGGAAAUGGGCCGAUUACAUGGUCGCUACCGAGGAGGCUGGCGUCGCUGGUGCUGGUGCCCGCCGACGUCGACGUCGUGCCCGUGAAGCUGAGCGUCUGUACAAUGAAUACGGAGGCGAGAACGAUGUUUACGGUGCAGGCGCUAUCACUGCUCUUGGCGGGAAUCGCAGGCGAGCCCAGAGCGGUGGCAGCUGUAUUGUCAUGUGA